GUUCAUCCAAAAAUGCGAUUCAGUCUCUCACCACCACCACCCAAGUCCGCUUCCGUCAUAACAUCGCCCACCAAUAUGCAAGCCAAUUACGCACAAAGCAAUAACAAUGAUCCACGUGCUUCCGGCAUUGGCGCCCGAAGUGACGAUGACAUCUCGCCCGCCGCAGCUGCGCCGACGCCACCAAAGGACGAUGCUGAUGCUGCCUCCGAUUACAAUCAAUGGUUGCAUGCAAUGAAGUUGGUGGCGCGUUUGCCUGGCGGCAUGCCACCGGAAUUUAGACGCAAGUUGUGGCUCUCGCUGGCGGAUAAAUAUUUGAAAUCGAAAAACAUAGACUGGGCAAAGGAGGAGGAGAAGUGUUUCUGCGAGAAAUGGCGCGAAGAUGACGAAGAGCUGGGCAUACAAAUUGUCAAGGACUUGCACCGCACCGGCUCGAACUUGUGCACCGGCCCGGCUGGCUCGAUCAAUCAGGCCAAACUGAAGCGCAUACUUUUAGGUUAUGCGCGCUACAAUCCGGAAGUUGGUUAUUGUCAGGGUUUCAAUAUGCUUGGCGCGUUAAUAUUGCAAGUUAUUCGCGUGCUUAGUACACGCACAGCUGAUGACUUCUACGGCAAAAUGGGUUCGUUUUCUAGUGAAUUGCUUAAUGGGCAUCUCAUUGAUUCGAAUGGGUUAAUUGAGAAAGUUGUACAGCUCGGGCCGAUACCAGACAUACAACGGUUGCGCGACAAGCAUCUCUACAACAUCACACCGUUGCGUCACAAACAAGGCUUACAAUUCUAUUAUGAUGACGAAGAGCCCGGCUCUGAUGAGGAGUCGCGCCUCGCUGUCGCCACCGUCUGGGGCAUGCCGUGGGGUCGUCGUGGUUCGCAAGGCAACAGCAGCGCGGCAAGCAAGCAAGUCUCCGAGAAUAAAGAACGCCUCGCAUUGGAUAUUUCAUUGCUGAAGAAGCAAUACGAUCGCCUGCGUGAAAGACAGCGUCAAGCGCAUAUUAUACUAACCACCGCAUGCACCACAGCACGCCAGAGCGCCAUCACCACCUCUGCUACGCAACCUAGUCAAUCGCUGACUGUCAAUCAACUGCUCUUGGGUCGCCCCGCUAUCGUUACCAACAAAGGCAGACGUGUUGGUCCACCACUAGGCGCUAUACCACCCGCACGCAAACCAUCUCUUCCCACUGUUUUGCACUCAAGGCCACCAGAGCGCCAACUACGCCGUGGUGAAACCUUACACUGGCGUGAUACUGAUAUAAGUAAACGUCGUAGAGAUAGCCUUACAUGGAAGGAGAUUAAGGCCGAUCGUGCCAGUUUGUUGCGCGCGGAUGUGGAAGCUGUGCCGAAGACACAAAAACUUCGCACACGCGUUGGCAAAAGCGAUUCGUCGUCGUACAGCGAAGAAAGUGAAGAUGAGCCAGACGAUGGCUCGAGUACUGAUACGAGUCUCUGCGAUGACGAUGAUCCAAAUUCUGGUGGUGAUAAAACGCAUUCUUCAUCUAUUGAGAACAGUCCCAAACGUAGAUCUAAGUCUGCACGCAAGGCUAAAGAGCUCGCAGCGAAAUUGGAAACAUUGAACGAGCCCAUUGAGAGCGAAAAGGAGCGCAGGCGCCCCAAAUCGUGGGCACCCUCAUCUACAGAAAUUCCUUUUAUGCUUAUGACUUCAGAUUCGCCAACACACAGCGCUGAUGAUGAAAAAUCGGCACAAUCACAUCAUUUUGAGGAAUUGAUGAAAGAAGAGGAGGAUAGCACAACCGAAUGUGAUCGGCUCGGCUAUAAGGGUGCCUCCACGUUAAACUGGCCCGACUCAAAGUUCUCAACCAUUGCAGGAGAUCUGGCUACGACGAACCUAGAUGCACUGCAUAUUCAAACAGAUGUAUUGGAGUUACCUGUGAUAACAAGCACAAGUCAACUUUCUCCUAUGCCAGACAUAGCUGCCUAUCUCAAUAGCUCAAGUAUCAGUCCAUUACCUAUGCCGAAACCACUCUUCCUCGACUCAACUAAUUCGCUUGGCAGUGGAGAUGACGGAGAGGAGGGUAAAAAGUUUGCUGUCAAUGAUGACGGUGUGACAAAUGAAUAUUUCGAGCGCGUAAAUAGCGUAGAAAGACCUACAAAGUUAGACUUGUUUUAUUCGCUCAACGAAGAAGAUGGAAUACGAAGGGCUGAAGAAGCAGACGUUGAACUAGAGAAGCGCGAAGAAAGUUGUCGCACUGAUCAUAGCACAAACAACGCCUUUGAAAAGUUGUGUGAAGACAACGGCCAUGAAGAGAAUACCAACAAAUUUGAAGUAUCGGACAAAAGUUCUGACAGACGCAUGGAACUGCUAAUUGACUAUUCUGAAAAGUCAUCUGCAGCCUUCAUUGCAGCGGCAACCAAUGAGGUGUCCACGAAUCUGAGACAAGACAAGACUAAAGAUGCAACUGAUGCUACAGAUUUCACCAGUGGAGUGCUUGCUAAGCAAAAGGAUGCCGAGGUGGAGAUAUCUAUGCCCGCAAAAAGAGACAGUAACAUUCCUGGUAAAUCUGUUGAACGGUUUGAGGAGAACCUUUUGAAAGCAGCGAUUCCUAAACCAAAUACAAAUAAUAUUAAAGCAGCGACGACAACAAAAUCGGGCACUAUGAGUAAUGCCUGCAGAAAACGGCGAGAUCCUAGACGCUUGACUCUCACACGUUCUUCCACUAUAGAAAUUGAAGAACGCUUCCAGGCAUUGGAACGCAGAAUGAGUGAGGAAACAUUUGUUAGCGAUAAAGAGAAGAUAAAUAAUGAUGACACAUCCGAUGAAGCGCUUAAAAGAAUAGUACCGUCAACAGCUGAUCUAGAACAGAGGUUAACUUCACUUGAAAAGCAAAUGAGUAAGGAAGGGGAUGAGAGAAAAAGGUUUGCUGAAAGUAGGGAAUGUAGAGAUAUUUCUAAUCACGAAACUACAUUACUAAUUAACAGACAAUUUACAGAAUCAAGACACGAAAAAAUGUUAAACAAAAACUCCUUUGAGGGAUCUGCCAAAGAAACCGUACCGGCUAAAACCCAUACUUCGGACACGAGAAACAAUAUACCAGACGUUGUACCCUCUGGGGAACAUCGUGAGUCCACAAUAUCAAAACAAGCACGCAAUCGUAUUCCUUCAACUUCGGAGCUAGAAGAUCGCUUCAAUGCUUUGGAGAGACAAUUAAGUUCAAAUGGUUUACCAACUAAAAGCUCAAUGGACAUGCGAAGAGGCGAAAAUGGCGCCGGCAAAAAAGAUCUGGAAACUCCACCUAAUACGCCUACCGAAAGCAACAAGCCGCACUUAGAGAAAGGUGAAAGUAAGACUACGCUCAAGAGUGAAAUUGAAACAGAAGAAGCAUCAGAAGGAGAUGCUGGAGAAAACGGCAAACCCCGCAUUAAGAAGCUGCCAUCAACUGCCGAACUAGAAGAUCGAUUUAAUGCGCUAGAAAGAAGAAUGAGCGCACAGAAAGCCAGCCCCAGCAAAACAAAAAAGGAGCCGCCCGACGAAGUAGAGGCCAAAGAAAUUAAUACCAAAAAGGAGCCGUCUGAUGAAAAUGCGAGCGAAAAUGAGGUUAAUAUUCAAGCCAAGAAAGAAACGGUCGGUAAAAACGAUAGCGAGCCAAAUAAAGUAGAAAAAGUAGCCAUAGAGAACGUUUCGCCAAAGGGCACGGCCAGUAAAGCAGAUAGCAAAGUAAAUAAAGUGGAAGAAAUCGUCAAAGAAAAAGUUUCACCAAAAGGCAAAAAGGAGUCUCAAGUCGAAAAAGAUAGUGCAGUAGAAGCUAAAACUAGUACUACAAAAACACCAAGCAAAGGGGACGACAGAGCAAAAGAAGAUACGACCAAGAAGGAAGUGAAGAAAGACAAAGAGCAAACUGAGCACAAACGAGAAGAUGUGGAAAAGAAAAGCGUGAAAGCACAAAAACCUAACGUCGAAAAGCGCGAUGAAGAUAGUGCAUCAAAAGCAUCACAAAAUAUAGAAACGGAAAACAACAAAGAACUCAAGUCAAAGCACGCUGAAAACGAACGCGAAGAAAGUGAGGCUACCCUGGAAAGAAAUGGAGACGAUUCGAAAAAAUCCGGAAAGAAAUCUCCACCAAGUACUGAAGAACUUGAGAAACGAUUCAAAGCUUUAGAAAAACAAAUGAGCAGCGCGAGCCUAGAGGGUAGCGCAGUGAAUAAAACCUCACCAGAAUCUGAAAAGAUUCAAGCAAAGGCAGACAAGGGAAGAAAAAUUUCAUCGGCAUCUGAAAAUCACAGCGAAAUGACAGAAACAAAACCGGAAACGAGCGCUAAAGCCAUGAAAAGCUUCGACGACAAAUGCAGGCAAGUGAACAAAGAACUAUCUAAGAAAAUUGAGUCAGAACUUGAGAAAACGGCACCAAUAACAACAGGCGAUGCAACCGCACCUGAUCCCAAUUUGGUUGAGAUUUUCAAUGCAAAAUGUAAUGAAAUCAAUACAGAGCUAGCAAAAUCAGCUAAAAAGGAAGUUGCGCAGCACAAAGCUGUAGAACGCGUAGACGACUCGAACAUUACAUGCAAGAGGCGCGCAUCCGAACCACCUUCCACAGAAGACUUAGAAAAACGUUACGAAUCUCUCAAACGUCGAAUGAGCACAAAAACUAUCAUUGAAAAAGGAUUUGGUGCCAAAGAUAAAAGCAGGACUGCUUUUGAGGAGGAAUCAACUGAAGAAACUCCAGUCACAAACGAUACCAAAAUGAAAGCUAAAAUCAAACCUUCAGGCCCACCAAGCACUGAGGACCUUGAGAGCCGAUAUGAAGCAUUGCAGAGGCGAUCCAGCGAGCAGAAAGCACAAGACGGCAAGAGCCAAAAAGAAAGGAAAGCGCGAGCGGCGAAUGAUAGAGAAAUUAUAGAGGCAAAAACAACAAAGCGCGCCGAAGACACAGCUGCGCAGGAAAUAUUUAAGAAUAUCGAACAAAAACGGCAAUCGAGCGAAGCGCAUUCGGAAGCAAGCACCCCUCGAAUUCCUGUUGCCCCACCAAUGCCUUUGAGAGAUACUGUAGAGCCUUUUCUAAACGACGAACAGCAUCGCGCACUUAUUGAAGAGUUUCAGAGCAAAAUCAAGGUACAACCAAAUGGUGAAAACCUAAAACCAAGCGACAUCAAUCCAAAUCGCCGCACAACAACCGAACGUCAGCGAACAACAACAUUCGAUGGAACCUCGGAAGCACAUGCAAACACCGCUUUCUUUAGAUCGGAAAAUUACGAACCCUGGUACAGUCAGCCACACAAAAUGGUUCGUCGUUUCUCCGAUUUACCAUCAAGAGCUGAUCUUGAAAAUCGCUUACACUUUUUGGAAAGACAAUUGAUCAUAAAAUUCUACAAGCAGCGCUGUGCAAGUGAUUCCGAAGUGGCAUCGAGAAAACAUUUUUUGGAUGUAAAAAGUCAAUCCGCCGACAACGAAGCGCCCAGUACGUCGGCACGCAGCCAACAGCAAGCAGCAGAAGAUUUGGAAAAACGUGUACUUGCGUUGGAAAAGCAGCUCAGCGAAAAUAGUCUUAAAUUGCUGGAGGCUGUGCGUGUGAGGGAGCAGGAAGCUGCUGCUGAGUCCAGCUCACCGCGACGGCUUAGCUCGGAGACCGCUGAUGCGACAGGAAAAGAGCUCGUGCGUUACGUUGGCGAACUUGAAGAACCAGGCUCACUUAAGCCAAUAAAUAUCAGUAUUAAUAUCAAAAUGCUGCUCAAAAGAAACGAGGAUGAAGAAAAUAAGCCCAAAGAUAAACUGCCGACCGCCGCGGAAUUGGAAAAACGACUCGAGGUGCUGGAGCAGCAACUAAAAAUAUCUAGAUCACGCCGAGAGGGCAGUAUUGUUGAGCAGCAAAAUUGCCAAGAUGAAGUGCAGGAAUUGAAGAAGUCUGAAGAAAAAACGGAGGAAUCCGUAGCCAAGGAAAUUGAAAGCAACGAGACGAUAAGAGAACUGCCGGAUGCAGAGAGGGAAGAUAAUGAAGGGAUUAGAGAAACGCCAGAAAUAGACAAGGUUGUGAAGGAGGCGAUAAACGAGGAAUGUAAAAGUGAUAAUAAAGUUAUAGAUACUGUGAGUAUGGAACAAGAAGAGAAAGAGAAAAGUAAAACAAACGCUGAGGCUUUAAAAGCUGAAAAAACUCUUGAGAAUCAGCAAAUUGCGCUCUCAAAUAAAGAAAUCGCUGUAAAUAAGGAAGUUUGUGAAGUGAAAGCUAAAAGCGAUAGUCCCCCAAAAAUGGAUGAAGUCGUCAACGAGAAGACAGAAAGUAACGAGAAGACUAUAUGCUCAAAUGAAGACGACGUUACAACUAAGAAAUCAUCAAUGCAAUCGGAACAAUUAGAAGAUACAAAACAAAAUAAGAAUAUAGACGAGGAUUCAGCGAAGGAAAAUGAACCUAGCAAGGAAAAGCAGGAUGAAAGCAAAGAGUCGACGACAGCUGCUGAAAACCAACAAGCAGCUGAAACGUCGGUUGCUCCUACGCAAACUGCCAUUCAAGUUGGAUCGUCUGAUCCCAACAAUAAAACGCUCGUGCUGCUGCUCGACAACGAACCGAAAGCUGUAAAAGUACGACGACUGACACGCGCAAACACCGAAGAAUUGGAGAACCUAUUUCAAGCGCUCGAAAAGCAAUUAAGUGAUCGCAAUCUAAUAAAAUCGGAAGACGGCAAGCUAGUGCAUGCCGCAGUUAAGCCAGAUGAACCAUCAGAAGAGUCGAAAGCAUUAGCACAACUGUCGAAAGAGAUUGAAGAUUACACAAAAGUAGACCAAUCGGCGAAAGAGAAAGAAACAAAAAAGGAAGCCGCUGUCGAAAAGUCAAAAACGCCAGUUGAGGACUACGAUUGGGGUCCAGAUCCUGUAAAGCGGCACUUAAAACGCAAAACUGUACAUCUGCCAUCAACCAAAGAACUAGAAGCACGCUUCAGAUCACUAGAACGUCAAAUAAAACUGCUAGAAGAUGUUGAGAAAAUCGACGUCGAACAACGCUUGAAUGAAAUUGAGCGCAAAAUCAAAAUGCAAUAUUCGCUGUCGCACGAGAAAGACCUAACAAAAUUUCUAGAACUUUGUGAAGGUAAGAGCUUAGAUGAGCUACCCGAAGCUAUAACGGCCGCACGUGAUAAAUAUCAACCGGAAGACGGUAGCGCUGUUAGAACACCUACACCAAAGCAGGGCAGAUCCCCGUACACCUCACCAUCGCAUGCAAAAGAGAAGACACCGCACACGUCCCCAGCGCGCACACCACGCGAGUCUCGCAGUCCCAAAAGACAUACCUCACCUGGACGUGUCCGAUAUGAUGAUGGCCAAGUAACAUCUAAGAGCCCAAAAAGACAUGGCACUCCUGGACACGUUCGAUAUGAGGAUCCAAAUAUACCAACGACUGAAGAUCUGGAGUACCGUUUUCGUGCACUGGAACUUCCAAGAUCUAAGUCGAAGGAAUCGUUGACCGGCAAAUCAAAAAAGAAUAACGUCGAUUCGAAAAAGUCACUAAUACAUCCACUAGAAAUGCUACUCGACCCCAGCUCCGAUGAGGAUGCUAUACCCACAACUGGCGAACUGGAGCAUAGAAUAAGAGUGCUGGAUGAUAAAAGGAAGACACCUUCGCCUUCGCGACAAUCACGCUCCCGUUCGCCGACAAUUGAGGAUAUAAAGAAUAGGAAAUUAGCAGAAGAACAGCGGCCAAAAGCGCCCAUACAUAGUUUAGAAACGCUUGUCGCGUCGCCAACCAAAAAAGAGUUACCCACAGCUGAGGAGUUGGAGGCACGUAUGCGCGCUUUGGAGGAGGAACAUUGCUUCGACUUCAAAAUGCAGAAAACUUAUCAAGAGUUCAAUCAAAAGCUAAAGGAUGCCGUAUCUCCAUCACUUUCUUUCGAAGAGUUUAAAACUUCCAAAUCGCGUGAGGAAAGCCCCAGACGUAGCGAGACAAACCGUUCGAUCACUCCAAAAUCUGCCUUGCGCGACUCUGCCAGCAACUAUGACGACGGGCAAUACAGAUCAACCAGUCCUAAGGCCAUACGCUUCCGUGACGAAGAAGACGAUUAUGUUACGAGCAUGCCGUUAAGACCAAAAUCACGCACGGAUACUCGGGAUAACAUUGGACGCACGACUCUUACAGAUUCGUGUAGCAGUAUAAAUGCGGCGCUUACGUCCGAGGGACUUGACGAGUUGGGCAGUCGACUGAUGAGGGAGACUUCACCACUACAGCGUACUGGCAGCCAUACUGGCGUACCGCUGCGUACCAAUGACAACAUUAACGAACGCUUGGAUUCCAUUAAAAAUACGAUCAAGUCCAUCGACACGCUCUGCGAGGAGAAACCGUAUCGAAAAGAGCGCUGCCAGCGCUACAUUGAUUCACUAUUUUCCCACUCAAUACAUUUUGCCAGCAAGAAGACCUCGCUAGAGGAUCUCUCGCGCUCAGAUAAUCGUGCACAUCGUGAACUUGGCCCCUCCAUACGCAUUUCAGAUCAUAGCCAACGACACGCAGACUAUUUAUACGGUCGUUCUUUGGGUUCGGCAGAAUCUAUACGUUCGACAAGUCCAUUGCACGCUGCCAGUCCAUUGCAUCAUCGUUCAAAUCGGGACUUACGUCUUGAAAUCUCACCACGCCGGCGGCACGAAGAAGAGCGUGAAGAAUACCAGAGUAGGGUAAGACGAGAAAAUAUGUUGCCAAAUUAUUCUUUAUAUGAUAGCCUUAGAGAUGUAAGUAGUGGUAGUUUAAUUAAGUUUCAUAAAGUAGAUAGACAACUAGACACUUACAAAUGUGAUGAAAGAGACAGAUCUAGUUCACGAUCGGCCUCCAGAUCGCCGUUGAGAUCGCCGUAUGGAUCGAGGGAGAUGAUGAUGAUGAAGACGGAAAGCACCAAUGCCAACACACGACACAACAACACCAACAUCAACUGCGACGACAACGACCGAUACAAUCUAAAAACAAUGAAAAAUAAAUGUUACGAAUUGGAUUUGAAUAGACCAUACGUGCCCGCAUACCGUCAUAACACAACAGACACUCUACUCGACUACGAUUCGCUGAAACGCUCUAAUACGCCCGUCUAUGUGCCCGGGCGCCUAGAUAUACGUCAUACGACAGUUACGUCAACGUUUUAUGAUCGCUUAUUGGCGGAAAAGGAAAUUGAACGAAAAUUUUCGCGACCUUCUAGUCGUUCGCCUAUCGUUUCGCCAUCGGUUACGUCGAAAAGUUAUGUUGAUUUGAUGAGCGCAAGCACCAAGACUUACUACCAUGACAAAUCACCAACAACGACUUUGGCAGCAUUACGACUGGAAAGUGGUGCUGGCGCUACAAGCUCUCCCAACAUUCAAAGAAGCGCAAUGACCACCAAUAACACCCACACCAACCAAUCCUCGAAUCCCUUGAAAUUCGAUACUAACACAAACACCACCACAACCACCUUUAGUACCGCUACACUAGAUUCGGCCAAAACACCUACAGCUGGGCUAGGGCAUUUGACCCACAAUACAACAACACCUAUAGCCACAACAGCAACAACAACAACAACAACAACAAGUACGACCGGUACAUCGACGUCGACAGAGACGCUAACAAGCAAUAGGUUUUCGUUUCCGACUACGACUUCGACUAAUUAUGGAAUUGGCUUGAGUGAAAAUAUAACAAACAACACUACCAAAAUCACCUCUAUAACAACAAGUAUUACAACAACUAACAACUACUUCUCCACUACCAACAUCACCAAUACUGCUACAACUACAUUAACAACAAACUUGAACAUCAACAACAGUUUCACAGGUUUUGACAGAUUAGCAACAGUACCAGUAACAACAAUACCAUCCCAAAUAGCAACAACAACAACAACAACAACAACAGCAAUUAGUGCUUUUAGUACCAACCCCAUGACAAUGACAACAACUACUACUUAUAAUUUUAAUAGUCUGACAACAAUUACAAAACCAACAACGCAUGGCAAUGAAAAUACCAAUAAUUUCUACCCAAAUAAUACGUCUGCAACACUGUUGUCGUACAACACAACGAGUGGUGGUGGCGUAGGUGGUAGCGGCCUCUUUAAUACACCCCUGAAUAUGGCUCUAACAAUGCGACAAUCUUCUGAUGGGACGGCGCUCUCCACAUUUGGCCUGUACACUAGUAAUUUAAACAACAACAACUUUAGUAGCAACAACAGCCACUUGAGUUACAACAACAGCAAUACAACAGAGGGUUUAGCUCCAAAUAAGAAGUGAAAAGUGUAAAACAUUCAUACACAUACCAAGUAGUAGUAGAAGAUGCAACCGUGCUGCCUAAAUACGAAAAAAAGAAAAAACAAAACAAAAACAAAGAGUGAGUGUAGUGAUGAUGAUUAAGAAAGCAAUGCUGUGCGUUUGUAGAUGAGUUAACAAGUUUUUAGCAAGCAAAAGAGCAAAGUAAGAUAGAACUAUAUUUACACAAAAGUAGUUAUACAUAUGUACAUACAUACAUACGUGAUUAUACUGUAGUGUGAAAGACAUUGUAUUCCAACUAUAUUAUUUAUAAAUAAAUAGUUCAAUGAAGAGAAGUAUUAUGCAUAUUGUGCUUGGAAAAUAUUGAGAGAUCUGCACACUAGCGAAAAUUUUUAACCGCGAAAUUUUAUUGCCAUAAAUAACUACCACUCCUUC